AUGCACUACCUGAAAUUUCUCACCGCUGUGACGCUGGUUCAACUGGCUUAUGCGGGAGACAAAAUCGGAUUUGGGCCAAACUUCGCCGUGAGCUCAACUGGAAGCACAUGGAUCAAAGAAGCUAAUACUACCCUCAUUUUGCCCGAGACUCCUAGCCCACAAGUUGAGCGUCUUGCUAUAUGGCCUGGGAUGGAGACUUCCAAUGGAAACCUGGUGCAGGCACUAGCUGUCUCAUUCGAAGAUCCUGCUGCGAACUGUGGUGCGCAGAAUGGACAAUGGUGUGUUUGGGCAAGCACCCUACAGGAUACCCAAAUAUCAGGUAGAAUGGUGCCUGCCUCGCCCGGAGAUAAGAUCACUAUGCAUUAUGUGUACAAUGACUCUACGGGCGAAUAUGACCAAUCCUCUGCCAUAAAUGGCAAGAUUGUCUCAACCCUGUCUACAAGCUCUGGCUACGCUCAGCGCUGGGAUGUUGCUGUAGAGUGCCAGGUGGAUGCCUGUUCCCGCACUUCUCCGCCUCACAGUAAGCCAGCUUCUGCCUCAAAUCUAGUAUUGCGUGAGAGACUCCGUGCUAAUCAGGCAUUAGAAUACGUUGACACCACAAUUAUCCUCAACAAAGCAGACUCUUCUUGGUCCGAGGGCUUGUAUACCAAAUUGUCUCACAACUCAGGUCUGCGAACCGUGGACGGGGGUAAGACGUGGAAGGUCGACACGAUUUCUCUGAAUUCUCACUUGUUUGACGAGAGUGAUAUCCAGUACAAUUAG